AAGCCGCGUCCAGACUAUGCAGAACGGGGUCGAUCGACCCGGUUGAUCGACACUGUCGAACACGUGGACAUGUCGCCCGGCUUUGUCGAAUCAUGCCGGCCCGAACCGAAUUCAACCGAAUCAAGUCGGUAAAGAUCUAAGGAGGUCGAACCGACAUCAGUAGUGUGGACGUGUUGAACCGUGUUGUGCAACUUUUCAGACUGUUGGUUAUCAAUUAUUUUAUUUAAAAUUAGUUUAAGUUUAUAUUUAUGAUGGAUUGGAGUGACGAACAAACAAUUUCUUUUAUUGAAAUGUAUCGUGAACGUAGUUUAUUGUGGGAUCCAACUGAUUCGCUAUAUAAAAAUAGAAAUAAAAGGCACGAUGGACUUAUGGAAAUCGCUGUAUCUUUUGGAAUUGAAAAAUGUGAUGUAGAAAAAAAGAUUAAAAAUUUGCAAAGCCAGUUUUCUAGAGAGCGAAAUAAGGAGAAAAAAUCUUUAAAAACUGGGAGUGGUGCAGAUGAAAAGUACACUUCCAAAUGGUUUGCAUACAAAAGUCUGCUAUUCUUGGCCGAUAAGAACACUCCAAAAAACACUCAGGAUACAGAGGAAUCACAAAACCGAGAGGACCAGGAAAAACACGACGAAAGUGAUGGAGGAAACGCGGACAAGGCCGAGGACGAGAUAUCAAAUGCAGAAUACAAUGAUGCCGUUACAAGAACACCGAUUAAAAAAACAUUUACUUCCCCCAAAAAACCACUUAAAAAAGUAAAGUAAAUUCAACUUCUGAUGUCAAUGUACCUAUCAUUGAUGAAGCAGUAAACCUAUUGAGAAGUAUUCAGUCAAACAAGCAAAAGAAAGAUGAAUAUGAAUUAUUUGGUCAGCAGGUAGCAAUUCAGCUUAGACAUAUUACCUCACCACAAGCAAGGUUUACCGCCCAGCAGCUUAUUAAUAGAACAUUAUUUGAAGCAAAAAUGGGGAUGGGCAGUU